AUAUAGGGAAUCAAUUGACUUUCUCUAAUGAAUCUAUUCACCCUUGGGAUUAGUUAAGCUCGAUCACCAAAGUUACCUGAACAAAUACAAAAUUACAUAAGUUGGGAUUCAAACUCCAUCCAAGCCUAGAAAAGAAAACCUUUCCAGGGUAUUAUAUAUGUAUAAUUACUCAUUUAUGGUAAUAUUUUUAUAUAUUUUCUGUUCUAUCGGGCUCCAAGAAAACGUAGAUUAAAUUAUAUAUACAGACCAAAAUGUAGACUAAGAAAGAUAAGAAUGGGUGUUCCAGAAAAAAAAAAUGAAAGAUAAGAAUGAAGCACGUUCCAAUAUUCGAAUCUUCAUUUUAACUUUAGAAAUGGCCAUUCACCAACAAUUAUCAAGUUGCCGUUAAUAAAUCUUAAGCUGUCUUUUGUCACAAAAUAGAUACUAUUCGCAUCUUUAUCAUCAAGCUUUUGAAGUCUUUGUCAUUAAGCUUUUGAAGUCUCUGCACAAAGAAAAAGUUUGGCACUAAUCAGCAUCUUUCACCAAAAACAAUAACACGAAUCAGCAUCUUUAUCAAGCACUAUUAAGUAGUAGUAUUAAGUAUUAACUAGACUACACGUGCGUAUAUCAAUAACAAUUUAAGUGUUGAAGUGUAUGCAUAAAAGGAUACAAGAGGCCAAGCAUUGUACAGACUAAUUAAACAAGAUAUAUCGCACGUGUGUAUAUAGAUUUGAUGGGUGUCAGAAGCAGCAAGGCAGUGGAUCCGGUUUUGAGCCGGAGAUACUCAUCGGAAUCAGAGGCGACGCUGGUGGUGCGGCGAAGACCGCAUAUGGUGAACGGAGGAGGAUUUGUAGUGAGCAAUAGUAAGCAACAAGUAGUGUUUACAGUUGAUGGGUGUGGAGUUCUUGGAACCAAAGACAAGCUUGUCUUGAAAAAUGGUGAUGGUAAUGAUUUGCUUCUCAUCCGCAAAAUGGGAGGAAUGGUACAGGCACUGAACAUGGUACACAAGAAAUGGGAAGGUUUUGGAUACGAUAAAGAAGGAACAGAGAAGCUUCUAUUCACAUUGAAGGAUCCAAAAGAAUCAUGUCUGGUUCAACACGGUUUAAUCAGAAUUUUGGUUCACGGUAAACCAAAGAUAUCAACAUGCAAUAUCUAUAACAACAACUAUGUCCAGAUCAGAGGCUCUUUCGCAGAAAGAGAUUGCAACAUCAUGGAUUCAGAUGGCAGAAACAUAGCUCAGGUAAGGAUAGAGAAAGAAAUGGAGGAGAUGGUGGGAAACAAGAAGGAUCUUUAUAAUAUAAUAGUCAAAGCAAAUGUGGAUCAAGCUUUCAUCGUCGGUGUCAUUGCAGUACUCGACUAUAUCCAUGGCGAAUCCACUAUUUGUUGAUCAAUUUCAAUACAAAACAAUAUAUCUCUAUAUAAUAUAUCUAUGAUGUCCGAGACGUGACAUAUAAUUAAACCAUAACAUGUAACAUUUGAAACUAUUGAGUGAGACUUGGCAAUCUCAAAUUAUUACAAACAAAUAAAAUGCUUUCUCAAAAGUUAAGAGGUGUACAUGAAUCUUAUCAUUUGAAUCCAGAUAUAAAUUCGCCUGAACCAUUAUUCAUAUCAGAUCCAAAUAAAAUUCUUAAAACUAAAAUUAUUAUCUUUAGUAUAAAUAUAAAAUAUGAAAAAUUGUUGUAAGCUUUUUUUGUUCUCUUAAGAUAAUGGUAACUGAUGUAAAAAAAAAAAGAUAAUGGUAUCUAAAAAUAUCAACUUUAGAAGAAAAAACACAAUAUU